UUUUAUUAUUAUUAUUUUUUUUAAAUAUAUAGUUUAUCUCCCUCAUUGAAAAUCUUUGGUGUGGUCCGACUGGACGCGAUAACCCGACCUCAUUUUUUGGGGGAGUAUUAGCAAGUAUAUCGAACAGCAUCGAGAUAAAACUGGUAUUGAUUUCAUGAUAUAUAAGAACAUGUUCUAUUGUUGUAUAACAUAUGUGUGUAUAGUGACGUUGAUCAAGUCUGUGAUUUUGAAAGCGCCUUUUCUUUAACACAUAAAGUCGUCCACCCCUAAUGAGUGGACUAUGCCGAGCACGUUUAGCCAAUGACGUAUUUGUUAUGGUACCAACCCACCAAACAGGCCUGGGAUGUACUUGACACUCAGCAGCAUGACAUUAGUAACCCAGCAGCACAUCCACUCUCUUCAACUUCGCUUCGUUCCACGCUUUUGACGACUGUCAUGGAGUUGAACAAUCUCUCCGUGGUGCUACAUUCUAAGGGAGACCUCAGACUGGAAACGCGACCUGUCCCCAAGCCAGGGCCAAAUGAGGUUUUGCUUCAGAUGCACUCUGUUGGCAUCUGCGGCUCAGACGUCCACUACUGGCAGCACGGCAGCAUCGGAGACUAUGUGCUCACAAAGCCGAUGGUGUUGGGACACGAAGCAGCGGGUCGGGUGAUAAAAGUCGGCUCGGCGGUCAAACACCUUCAAGUGGGCGACCGAGUUGCCAUCGAGCCAGGUGUGCCCCGAGAGAUAGAUGAGUUUUUCAAAAACGGACGCUACAAUUUGUCUCCCACCAUCUUUUUCUGUGCCACCCCGCCCGAUGAUGGCAACCUGUGCAGAUACUACACACACAAAGCCAACUUCUGCUACAAGUUGCCUGAUAAUGUGACAUUUGAGGAGGGUGCUUUGAUCGAACCGCUGUCUGUGGGCAUCCACGCAUGUCGCAGGGCCGGUGUGACCCUCGGCAGCACCGUACUCGUCUGUGGCGCAGGACCAAUUGGCUUAGUCUGUCUGCUUGUGGCCAAAGCAAUGGGAGCUGCACAGGUUGUCAUUACAGAUCUGUUGCCCGAGCGUCUGGCCAUGGCCAAGGAGUUGGGUGCCGACUUCCAGUUGGGGGUGAAGAGAGGGGAUGGACCUCAGCAGUUGGCCAAGAGCGUCGAGAACAUGCUGGGAGCUCAGCCGCACAUCACCAUUGAAUGUAGUGGUGUUGAGAGCAGUAUUCAAACUGCCAUCUAUGCGACACGCUCAGGAGGCGUGGUGGUGCUGGUAGGUCUUGGAUCCGAAAUGACUAAUGUUCCUCUUGUCAACGCGGCCACCAGAGAAGUUGAUAUCAGAGGCGUCUUCCGCUACUGCAACACCUGGCCUAUGGCAAUUGCCAUGUUGGCGUCAGGAAAGGUGAACGUGAAGCCUCUGGUCACUCACCGCUUCCCCCUGGAGCAGGCGGUCCAGGCUUUUGAGACCACACGUCAGAGCCUGGGGAUAAAGGUCAUGUUGAAGUGCGACCAGAAUGACCAGAACCCUUAAAGUAACCAACACACUGCAGUGAAACUGUGGGGGACAGUUGUGUCACAUUUUGUUUUUAUCCUUAAUUGAAGAAAAAACACUGAAAUUCUCGAGUUAAUGGGGGAUUUUAUGUGACCAAUAAUUACCUUGAAUGUAGUAAUUUUAUAUCAGGAAAAAAAUACUGAGAUUGACUUUUUUUUUUUUUUUUGUCUUGAAACACUGAUUUUACACUUUUUAAAAUAUGUUACUUAGUAUGGUAUGACGCUACAUGCAUUGCUUAGUUGUUACCAGAAGAGGGAACCAGAGCAUCAAAUGACAAUCUACACAGACUCUCAAGACUCUUUCCAACUAUUUUACUGAAAAAAACAAACAAUUCAGUGAACCAUUUACAUUUUUAUCAUUUUGUAAAAAAAAAGUUAAAGCAGUUCAAUGUGUUCAAAAGAUGGAUGGAUGGAACACCCCCGCCAUAGACUUUGUGAAGAUGACAAAAUGAUAGCAACCUGCAGCAAUAAACCAUAUAAACACCC